CCAACUCAUUUUAACUUAAGACUCCGCGAGAGAUGGGCGGUUAGUGAAGUACUCGCAUAGACUUAUAUACCCUAUCAGUUUAUUUAGUGGGUGUCUUAAUUGAAGUGGCAAAGCGGUGUCGUGACACGAACUCCUUACAAUUACUGAUACAGAUCUCUAAUUAAUCGCAGCUGAUUGCUUUUUUUUUGAACUGCAAUGUGAACUUUCGCGGUCGCUAAAAUGAGUCCAGUGUUCGCGAUUCAUAAUAAUUGCCAGCUCAGGAGCUCUAUGGGACAGCAGGUUGUAAGUGAUGCGGAACCCGGAAGGAGUUGGAUUGGUCGUCAGUUUUCGAGGCUGAUGCGCACCCUUCGCUACCGCAUCAGCGGCGAGGGUCGGACGAUACCCCCGGAUUGGUUCCUGGACAAGUUCGCAGCUGAGACCUUCAACGAUCCUGAGGAACCACUAUACCAAGCGAAGAGAUCCAAGUUCUUCUGUGGACUGAGACUUGCGUUUGAUCCGACGCUGCCUGCGCAUUAUCACUGGCUGGCUGUUGUCUCACUGGCCAUCCUAUACAACAUGGUGUUCGUCAUCGGUCGCGCGGUGUUCUGGGAGCUCGACGACCUGACGCUGCUGUGGUACGUGCUGGACUACCUCUGUGACACGAUCUACCUGAUGGACACGAUCGUUCAUAUGCAUGAAGGCUAUUUGGAACAGGGCCUGAUGGUGAGGGACUCUGAGAUGCUAAGGGAGCACUACCUCAGUACUGACUCGUGGCGGUAUGACGUCAUAUCACUGCUGCCAACCGACAUCGCUUACUAUUGGUGGACCCCAGGCUCUUGCAGUGACAAACGUUUGCCUUGCCCCGUAAUCGUCCGCCUCAAUCGCCUGGUGCGCCUGCCGCGCAUGUGGGAGUGGUUCGACCGCACCGAGACCGCCACUAGCUUCCCGAAUGCGUUCCGAAUUUGCAAGGUCGUCAUGGCAAUUUUAGUCCUGAUCCACUGGAACGCUUGCCUCUAUUUCGUGAUCAGUUAUGCGAUUGGAUUCGGAGUCGACAACUGGGUUUACAACAUAACCGGAGCCCGUAACGAGACCUUGGCCCAUCAGUACAUCUACAGCUUCUACUGGUCCACGCUUACCCUGACAACCAUAGGUGAAACUCCCCAACCUGAGAACGAUGCUGAGUAUGUAUUCGUGGUCGCUGACUUUCUCGCAGGCGUACUGAUCUUUGCAACCAUCGUGGGUAACAUCGGAUCUAUGAUCUCAAAUAUGAACGUGGCAAGAGUCGAAUUCCAAAACAAAAUGGAUGGAGUCAAACAGUAUAUGGCUUUUCGAAAAGUGAGCGGAGAGUUAGAGGCUCGUGUUAUAAGAUGGUUUGCGUAUACCUGGGCUGAAUCUGGUGCUUUGGAUGAAGAAACUGUACUUUCCUCUUUACCGGAUAAAUUAAAAGCCGAGAUCGCUAUCCGAGUUCACCUCGAUACAUUGCGUAAAGUGGAGAUUUUUAAGGAUUGCGAGCCGGGAUUGCUCGAAGCUUUGGUGUUGAAGUUGCGCCUUCAAGUGUUCAGCCCUGGAGAUUACAUUUGUCGUAAAGGAGACGUGGGGAAGGAGAUGUACAUUGUCAAACGCGGAAGACUUCAGGUUGUCGCGGAUGAUGGGAAAACGGUUCUUGCUACUUUGAGCGCUGGCUCCGUCUUUGGUGAAGUUAGCGUUUUGGAGAUAGCUGGGAAUCGAACCGGGAAUAGACGGACAGCCAAUGUCCGCGCUUUGGGCUACUCUGAUCUAUUCUGCUUGGCGAAGAGGGACCUGUGGGAGGCGCUCGGCGACUAUCCGGACGCUAUGGCCACUUUGACUGAACGCGGUUGCCAAUUGCUUCGUAAGGAUGGGCUUCUGGAUGAAAAUGUAUUUGAAAACGCUCAAACGACUCAGCAAAGUAUGGAGGAAACCGUUCGCAAACUUGAAUCAACUGUGGAAACUCUGGAGAAACGUUUACAAGGAUUGUUGACCGACGUGGGCGAGGAGCAAGCUAAAAUGAAGCAAAGGAUCAACAAGAUUGCCACUAGGAUAAUCGAGUCCGACAACGAAGAGACGGACCAAGAGUACGAUACAAGUGACGACGAGCCCGAUCUGCAGAGCGAGAUCGCCCGUUCCUACGAUAGCUACCGAAUACCCCUCAGCCCUGUGCAGUGUUCCUCGAGGAUGUCGUACAUACACCAUCGGGAACGAGGACAUUCCUUGAGUGUGGAGAGGACUCCGGGCCUCUUGCGCGCCAACCCUGAGCCACGAAGCAAGUCACUGCGCGUCAAAAGGUUUCAUAAAGAACCUACAAAGUGAAGUCAGGGAUGUAGAUAUGAUCGUUUUUGUUUAAUUUUGUAAGAUAAAUAUAUCCGGCUAUACUCAUCAUGCUGUCCAUCCAGCAAUGACUCAAAGCAACAAGUGUAAAUUAAAAAUUUAUA